AUGCGGCUGCCUUUCUCUGUCUGGCUGCUCGCAGCACUUGCUGCAACAUGCGUUGCCCAGUGGCAGAACUGGGACCCCUCCAGAGAGGGCACGGGGACCGAUUCACUGGAGAGUGCCUUGUCGACAACGACCACCCUGCCCAGUGACGACGACAUCUUCAAUGCCCUCACGCAAAAGCCUUUCGCGGGACGUUUCUUCUGGACAGGAAGAACCGGGGCCUGCCACGGCGAAGAGGACAGCAUCAAGGGGCUCGCCGAGUUCCUGGCCACCGAUAUAGACCACACGACUAUGGAGGUGAUGCUGCGCAAGGCGCGCGUGGACAUGCCGUCCUUUGUUUUCUCCCCCGAGGCCCGAGCCAAGUGGCAGUACGCUGCACAGGUCUAUGCCCAGAAUGCCGCGACAACAGCAUACGUGUUGAAAGGCAAGUGUGUUCGGGACGGCAACGUCUGGGAUACUAUUGAGUUUCCUGCCCUGCGCACCGGCGGGACCAAUAAUAGCGUGGAUUGCAUCUUCGAGAUAUCCUCCGAGCAGGCGCUGAUCGUUGAGCUGCUCUGGCAGCGGUAUACGGACAACGCCACCGUCUGCCAACAGUAUCUCAACGAGACCCGGGCCGCCAUAGCCUGCAAUGUCCACGACUCAUCCUGGUGGAGUCGGGGAAAAGGUGGUGCUAUUGAGGAACCCCAGACGAGCCUUCCCUGGCAAUACUGGUAUUCCCUGGAUGCCUCCCUCACAAAGCCGUACUUCGGUGAUGCCGCCUGUAUUCGGAAGAUGCAUGCCACCUUCGAAAGUGAAGACUACCAGACCAGCAAAUUCCCAGACAAUAUCAGUCUAACCGACGACCGUCUGACGGGCGUGUACGACUAUUGGGGCCUCUGUCCAGCCCAUUACCGGGAUGUGAACCGAUUCGGGGGCCUCCAUUUCCGGAUCAUGCCUCUCGGCGACUCCAUCACCUAUGGCUAUAGGAGCAGCGAUGGCAAUGGAUAUCGUGCUUAUGUUGAAACCAAUCUGGCGGCCAACAACACCGUCGAGUUCAUCGGCUCAGUGCAUUCCGGCUCCAUGGCGAAUAAUAGCAACGAGGGUCAUCCUGGAGCGGAGAUCAAUGCUAUCUCCAGCUAUGCAAAUGGGACAUUGAAAGAAAAGCCCAAUCUGGUCCUGUUGAUGGCCGGGACCAACGACAUCAACAACAAUGACCAAGUAGACACGGCACCAGAUCGGCUUGCGGCCUUGAUUGACAAGAUCAUCUCUACGUGCCCGGACGCCGUUGUGAUUGUCGCAACAAUUCCUGCCAUCGCCAAUGCAACAGCCCAAGCCCGUGCUGAUGCAUAUAAUGCCGGCUUAUGGAGCGUGGCUAUGCGCCGCAGCGGAGAAGGCAAGAAAGUUCUUGUCGCGGACAUGUCCAAUGUCAAUGUUACCGACCUUGCAGACGGGCUGCAUCCCAACGAUCUGGGAUACAAGCUCAUGGGCCAGAGCUGGCUGGACGCCAUUGGCAAGGCCUGUUCCCUGGGCUGGAUCACUGCACCAGUCGAAGUUGCCGCGUCGACUGGGCCUACGUCGACUGGGUCCACGCGGCAGGAAUGUCCACGCCUGGUGAAGUGGAUCGAGCAGGGCGAGAUCGCAAAUGGAGCGGGGCUAGGUACGGAUCUUUAUGCGGGGGAUGACUGCGCGAGCUUUUUUGGUGAGGACACGACAUGUUUCUGCAAUAAACUGGGGGAACUAUUUUCCCCUCCAUAUCAGGUCAACAAGGGAACGGUCACCAACUGCAACGAGUUCAGCUACAAUUACACGCAUGCUGUUCGGUUGGCGGACCUUAAUGGGGAUGGUCGAGACGAGUACAUCUGGUUGCAUGAUGACGGAGCUGUCACUGUCUUCGAGAACCUUGGAUGGACGUAUAUCAAUGGCCAGACAGGCAACGUGACCUGGUGGCCGCGUGGUGAGAUUGCCACGGGUGUCGGUGGCCGGCGGGAGCAGAUCCAUUUUGCGGACAUUAAUGGGGACAGACGAGCCGACUACCUCUGGGUACGUGAUGAUGGCUCGGUGUCCAUGUGGCUGAAUGUCCUCAGUGAUCCAUCAGACAUCAAGAAUAUCACCUGGGUAGAACAAGGCGUCAUCGCGACAGGUAUCGGAAAGACCGGGGCAGGCGUGCGGUUCGCGGACCUCAAUGGAGAUAACCGAUCAGAAUAUCUCUAUGUGGAUCUGCAUGGUGCCAUCACCGCAUACUUGAACGGGGGCCACACUUAUGUCAACACGACGACAGGCUCGGUCCUUUGGAUCGAGCAAGGGGUCAUCGCCACUGGAGUAGGCGCGACGCGUUACCAGAUCAGACUCGCUGAUAUCAACGGGGAUGGCAGAGCGGACUAUCUGGUCGUGGGAGACGACAGCUCUGUGAAGCUGUGGCAGAAUCAAGGGGGGCUGGAUAAUGGACCGAAUGCAGCUAAGGUGGGAUGGUGGCAGCGAGGAACCAUCGCGACGGGAGUCGGCGACAGAGGUACACACAUUGUCUUUGGCGAUUUGAAUGGAGACGGGCGGGCAGAGUAUCUGGAUAUCAAUAAUGCGACCUCAGCUGUGAAGGCCUGGCUCAAUGGUUGCUAA